GAAACUCACAGGGAAUAUUAACAAAAUGGUGGACGUCCUUGCAGUGGUAACACAAACACCACCGCAGCCACACCGACCAAAAAAUGGCCCUCGGGAUUUCAUGCUCACUUUGACCUUGACCGAUCCGUCCACGGCACCGACUCAAGUCCGUGUAGCCCAUAUAUUCCGGCCCCACUUAGCCUCGCUGCCGGACGUUGAGAGUGGGGACAUUAUCCUCCUCCGGCGGUUUAAGGUGGUGUCAAUGAAGGGCCGUGACUUCGGCAUUCGAUCAGAAGAUUCAUCGUCAUGGGCCGUGUCCAAGCCGAACGAUGAACAAGUUCUCGGCCAAGUCAAGGGUCCACCGGUGGAAACUACCCCAGAAGAGAUCGCACAUGCCAAGGGUCUACGGCACUGGUGGAGCCUCCAGGAUGAUAACGCUAUGAACAAGAUCGAGACGGCGUCACGGAAGGUGACCGAGGCGGGCAAGGAAAACACCAAAUGAGUGGACUUGCAAGGGAAAAAAAGUGUCAUGAGCGGGAGAAGAGGACAGGGGUAGAGGAAGGGCAUAAAUGCAUUGAUUUCAUUCACAGCUCUAUUGGAGAUGUUUGUAAUAGCUGGAGUUUGGGA